UCUUCUUGUUAAAGAAAACUUGUUUUAUAUGGCAAACAAGUGGAAUAUUUGAUUUUAAAAAGUGCACUUCGCCUGUCAGACAUGUAGUCUUGGGGUUCAGAAGUGAAUACACCCUGACUCGACCUGCAGUGGCCCCCAGGUAAAGUGAGUUGGAGACCCCCGCCUUACGUCUUUUCGCUUUUUCCUUACAUUUUCACCGUUUCUUAACGAGGCCCAGUAAAGGCAGCAUGACAGUAGCUGCCAAGCAUCCAUGGUGCGGCUGCGACCGGUCACAUGGUCCUGUCUGAGACCCUCCCCCCCCGGACGAGGUGCCCGUAUAAAAGGCGUGGCUCGCCCCUCCCGGACACACUGAGACUGACAAACAGCCAGCUUGGACGGCCCCGACACGCCUGUGCUGCCCUUCAUGGAUGCUCCAGCAGCAACCUGCGUGGAAUUGACGAGCACCGAUCCUCUCCUGUGAGUGUUGGGACCGUUGCUAUGGCGAACAGAGGACCCAGUUACGGACUGAGCCGGGAGGUGCAGGAGAAGAUCGAGCAGAAGUACGACCCGGACCUGGAGCAGAGGCUGGUGGACUGGAUCGUGGCCCAGUGUGGAGGCGGCGUGGAGAAGCCCGUGACGGGCAGGCAGGGCUUCCAGCAAUGGCUGAUGGACGGAAUCAUCCUGUGCCGACUCAUCAACAGCCUCCACCCGAAGGGCAAGGAGCCCAUCAAGAAGAUUCCAGAAUCCCAAAUGGCCUUCAAGCAAAUGGAGAAGAUCUCGCUGUUCCUGCAGGCGGCAGAGGCCUACGGCGUCACCACCACUGACAUAUUCCAGACGGUCGACCUCUGGGAAGGGAAGGACAUGGCCGCCGUGCAGAGGACCCUCAUGGCCCUAGGGAGCGUGGCCGUCACCAAGGACGACGGGCAGUACAAAGGAGACCCGGACUGGUUCCACAGGAAAGCCCAGGGCUACCGGAGAGAGUUCACGGAGGAGCAGCUGCGCCAAGGCCAGAGUCUGAUCAGCCUGCAGAUGGGAAGCAACCGCGGCGCCUCCCAGUCGGGUAUGACGGGCUACGGUAUGCACCGUCAGAUCAUGUAGACCAGCGCCUUCCUGCUCUAGCUUGCUUGUUUCUACUAACCUGCUGCCCGUGUAGCUCGGAGCCUCUCUCCCGUUUGCAGAACUCACUUACCUCAAACCGUCGCCGUACCUUUUUAUUAUUUCAUGUUAGAGUAAAACCUGAUGAUCCUCGGGCCAUGUGCCUUCAAAGCAUGCCGUGUAUUCUUCCUCGCCUUUAGCAAACACAAUAGGCAGACAGGGCAGUGUCGCGGUAGUCCUCUUCACCUUGUGCCUGCUUCAUGGCUUCUAGACCAGGACCGGGUCCUGGCGGACUGGCCUGCAACCGUAGCACAUUUCUGUUGAUGCUAUAAUUAGGUUUUUUUUAAAUAAGAUGGCGUGGAGGUGUUUUGUGAGCUGGCGAGUUCGUGUCAUGUGCACUUUUAUGUUUGUGUUUUGCACCAUGUUUAUAUUUACUGGCAGGAAAUAAAGGAUGUGACAAGA